UCAUGGUCGCCAUGUGCAAUAGAUUGUGUGGUUCAAUGUAAAAAUUCUAACGUGGUGAACUACCUUUCAUUUGUGUUCCGAGAGUAUUCUAAGGAAGACAAUUCGUUUCCUUAUUUAUCAGUAAUCUAAAAACCAUACUUGUUGUUAACUAAACUGUUUUUCAAUGACAUUUCCUUUGAAUUGCCUUAAUUCGACGAGUCAUCAACUUCAUCACAGAAACCAGAAAUCGAAAUUAAGCUUAAGUUAUAUUUCAGAAAUAUUUCAAAAUAAUAGAGUAGUUUUACCUUUAGUUAGAUAACACAAUUAACAAUGGGGAAACCAAAGAAAGGAGCCAGGAAGAAGGCAAAUGAUGAUUGGGAGGAUGAUGUUUUAAAUGAAAUAGAAUCUAUGAACAAUGGAACUGAUGGAGCUAGUAAAGAUCCUCCUACUGUGUCUAAAAACAGUCGAUUCAUGGCUCUGGAAAAUGAAGAACCAGAGGAGGGACAAACACCAGAUGAUCCAGAGAAUCAGAGUGCCUCUGGGAAAGCUGAACAAAAGAAAAGUAAAAAAGACAAGAAAACAAAAAAUAUGUUUGAUGCUCUUGAAGUAGAAGAUGAUGUUCAAGAUGAUAAUGCCAAAAAUGAUGAACAAACUGUAGACUCUGUUAAAAAUGAUGAUGCCAUGUCUAAAAAAGCUAAAAAAGGGAAGAAAAAUAAAAAGAAAUUUGAUAUUGACGAUCUUGAUGAAGAUGAUGAUUUAGAGAUUUCUGAUAAGAAAGAAGUCAAGAGUAAACCAGCAAACACAGAAACAAUAAAUGAUAAUGACGUGAAGGAUGAUGAAUAUAACGAUGAAAAUGGUCCAAUUGUUAAAACUGCAGCUCAGAAACGAGCUGAGAAAAAGGAAAGAGAAAGGAAGAAGAAGGCAUUAGAGAAAGAAAAACAGAAGCAAAAGGCCAAAAAGGCUGCGAAACCUGAUGAAGAUAAAGAAUUAGAAAUCAAUGAAACACCAUCACAGGAGAUAGUAGUUGACAGUGAAAAGACUGAAGAGGGUGCAAAAGUAGAACCAAGUACAGCUGCAGACCAAGAACCUAAAACAGAUAUGCAAAAUGAUAAACUUGUAGAAGAGAACAAAAUUGAAGGCAAGGAGGAAUGUGAAGAAGAGGAAGAAGGUGGUGAUGAUAAAAAGAAGAAAAAGAAGAAAAAGAAAAAGAAAGCUGGAGAAGAGGAAGAAAAGAAAGUCAAAAAGCCUAACAAAGCUCUUGUUAAGCAGAUGCAACAGCAGCUAGAAGCACUUCGACUGGAAGAAGAGCGCAAGAAAAAGGAAGAAGAAGAAAAGCUUCGUGCACUUGAGGAAGCAGAGAACCGAAGACUGGAAAAACUUCGUCUUGAGGAAGAAAGAAAACAGAAAAGAAAACAGAAAGAAAAGGAGAGAAAGGAAAGACAACGCAAGGAAGGCAAACUUCUUACUAAGGCACAAAAAGAACAGAAAGCAAAGCAGCAAGCACAUUUGGAAGCACUGAGACAACAAGGUAUUGAAAUCCCUGCAUUAAGCAACCAAAGUCAAGAUGUUAUCAGAAAGCCAGUAAGAUAUGGCUCUAAGAAACCCAAAAAUAAGCAGCAGCAGCAACAACAACAACAACAAGAUGAAGUAGAAGUUAAAGAUGUUGAAAUGCAAGAAGACAGAGAACAAGACAAAGAGCAAGAAUAUGAAGAAUCAAAAGAAGACAACAGUCUUGAGCCUGGUAAAGAAUUGAAGGAGUCAAACAAGGGAAAAGAAGAAGAGGUCAAAGAUGCUUGGGACAUUGGAACUGACAGUGAAGAUGAAAAAGAUGAUGAAAAAGAAGAGAAAGAUAUUACCAUCACCAAAGAAACAGAUGAAGUAUCAAAACCUGAUGAAAGUAGCAGUGAAGAGACAGAGGAGAGCAGUAGUGAAGAAGAAGAUGAAGAAGACGAGGAGGAGGAAGAUGAAGAAGACGAGGAGGAAGAAUCAGAAUCAGAGGAGGACACAUCAAAAAGUGAAACUGUUGAAGAAAGAAUUGAGAAACGGAAAGUGCAGGCAGAGUUAAACCGUAACCCAGAUCACUUGAGAUCACCAGUAAUUUGUGUUCUUGGUCACGUUGACACUGGAAAGACUAAGAUUCUUGACAAGAUUCGACAUACUCAUGUCCAAGAUGGUGAAGCUGGUGGAAUCACACAGCAAAUUGGAGCAACUAUGGUCCCUCCAGAUGCAAUUAGAAAACAGACUUCCAUGAUGAAGGAAUUUCAAGAUUUUGACAUGAAAAUACCAGGCCUUCUCAUCAUAGAUACACCUGGGCAUGAGUCUUUCAGUAACCUUCGUAAUCGAGGCUCCUCUCUGUGUGACAUGGCUAUACUUGUAGUUGACAUUAUGCAUGGCUUGGAACCUCAAACUAUAGAAUCCAUUAACCUUCUCAAAGCCAAAAAGACACCUUUUGUUGUAGCACUAAAUAAGGUUGACCGCUUGUUUGAAUGGAAACGAGGACCAGAUUCGAGCAUCAUGAACACAAUACGAAAACAGAAACGACACACUAAGCAAGAAUUUGAAGAGAGAGUGAAAAUAGUCAUCCAGGAGUUUGCUGAACAAGGUUUGAAUGCAACACUAUACUACGACAAUAAGGAUACAAGAUCGUACGUGUCCUUGAUUCCCACAUCUGCUCAUUCAGGUGAUGGGAUGGGUGAUCUCAUCUCACAAGUUGUAGAACUUACUCAAACUAGACUUCCAGAGAAACUGUCAUUCUCUGAGUACCUUGAUGGCAUUGUAUUAGAGGUCAAAGCUCUUCCUGGCCUUGGAACAACCGUUGAUGUAAUCCUGGUAAAUGGUACGUUGAGAGAAGGCGAUACUCUUGUUCUGUCUGGUAUUGAAGGUCCUAUAGUUACACAGAUACGAGCCCUUCUUACUCCUCAACCUCUCAAAGAACUUCGUGUUAAAAAUCAGUAUGUCACACACAAAGAGCUUCGGGCUGCUCAGGGUGUCAAGAUUGCUGCGAAGGACUUAGAAAAGGCGCUUGCUGGUGUACCCAUAAUGGUAGCCGAGAAAGAAGAUGAGAUCGAUUAUUGUAAGAAUGAAGUAUCAAAGAUAAUGUCCGAUGCACUGAAGGCUAUUCGUCUGUCCGACAGAGGCGUUUAUGUUCAGGCCUCAACUCUAGGCUCACUUGAAGCUCUCUUAGAAUUUUUGAAAACUUCUAAAAUUCCGUAUGCUGGUGUGAAUAUUGGCCCUGUGCACAAGAAAGAUGUCAUGAAAUGUUCUAUCAUGCUGGAGCACGAAGUUCAGUAUGCUGUUAUACUUGCAUUUGAUGUCAAGAUCGAAAGAGAAGCUCAAGACCUCGCCGACAGUCUUGGUAUUAAGGUUUUCUCAGCAGAAAUCAUCUAUCAUUUGUUUGAUAAAUUUACAGAGUACAGAGAGGAGCAAAAGCGCAAGAAGAGAGACGAAUUCAAAAAUAUCGCCGUGUUCCCUUGUAAACUGCGUAUUUUACCUCAGCACAUCUUUAAUUCAAGAGAUCCUAUCAUUGUUGGUGUGUCGAUAGAAGCUGGUAUUGUUAAGGAAGGAACGCCGAUCUGUGUACCGUCUAAGAGUUUUAUUGACGUAGGUGUGGUAUCGAGUAUCGAAACCAACCACAAGAACAUCACGGAAGCACGUAAAGGAAUGGAGGUUUGUCUGAAGAUAGAGAACAUUCCUGGCGAAACACCUAAACUAUAUGGAAGACAUUUUGAUCAUGAAGACCUCCUUGUCAGCAAAAUAAGCCGUGAAUCAAUCAACGCAGUCAAAGAAUACUUCAGGGAAGAUCUGCAGAAGAGCGACUGGCAGCUGAUGAUCGAGUUGAAAAAACUUUUCCAAAUUCUCUAAUUGUGAAGACACUGAAAAUAGUCCGCUUUCCGAGUCCGCAACCACUUGCAACAUUCGAAAACACAGAAAUCCCAUUCCUAUCGUAGAAGCGUCCGGCUUUUUGGUUAGAAUUAUUUUAUUUUCUAUCAAAAUACACAUUUCAUCGUGAAAUCCUUAAUCAUUUCGAGUGAAAUGCCAACCUCUCCCCAGAAUAAAGAUGUAUUGAGAUUGACCUUUGAAUGUAGAAUUCCAUUUACAUUUUAUAAAUCUUUUGCAAUCUUUACAGAGUAUUUAUCGAAUUAAAGGGCGUUAUAAAAGCAA